UGUACCCCGAGGACGACAUUUUUACUUCCUGGUUGGAGAGAUGUCACAAAAUGUCGAAGUUUUGGUCGUGUGUGUUUCUCGUGACAUCGUGGAUUUGUUUUAAAACACACUCAGUGUCAGGCGCCUGUGAGUCAGAUACAUAUGGUUUGGACUGUAGCUACACCUGUCACUGUGACGCUGCCAACUGCAAUGACGUCACAGGUUGUUCUGGAAACUGCCAAACAGGAUGGUUUGGACCAAAAUGCACAACAGAAAAUGUAGCUUUACGGAAAACUGCCUACCAGAGUUCAUACUUUCUAAAUUACACGGAUGUCGCUGUGCUUGCUGUAGAUGGCGACCAUCGCACUACUGGAGGAUUCUGUAUGGUGACUGGUGUUAAUCUGCCAUACACGUGGUGGGAAGUAGACUUGGGAAGAGACUACUACAUACACAAGCUAGAUAUUUACUUCCGCACCGACUUUAAAGAUCGGAGAAACGGUGUUCAAAUCUACAGCUCAACAGAAGUCAACCAAACGAAUGCGGGCCACCUGUGUGGUGCAACCACUAUAAACAGUCCUGAUGUAACAACUGUUACAUGUGGCAGUACAGCCAGAUACAUCACUCUCUACCGGGACCAAACAAACAGUUACGGGAAAAGCACAAUGGACUUUUGUGAAGUAGAAGUGUACAUUUGUGAUCCUGGAACCUUUGAUGAUGACUGCAGCCAGUUUUGCCACUGCCUGAGUGGACCGUGUAACAACUUUUAA